UACUAUAUAUUGAACAUUAACUACAUACAUACAUAAAUGUUGUGAAAAUGUCUACUUCUCUCAAAACCGAGUUGUUUUGUGAUCAGAAAAAGAAAAUAUGGCCAAAAGAAGGGCGGCAUAUUCUAGCUCAAUAUGACGAUAAACACAUCGUUGUUUAUCAAGCAUUUUGUCCUGAAAUAGCCGAGUUUGCAGUGGAAAAUGGAAAAUUUGGUGGACCUAAAUACAGCUUUACUCGCAUGACAUGGAUUAAAACGAAUUUCUUAUGGAUGAUGUACAGAUCAAAUUGGGCGAGAAGUCGAGGACAAGAAAGAAUUUUGGCAAUAACGUUAUGCAGGGAUGGUUUUGAUGAAAUUUUAAGAUGUUCUAGAGGAGAAGGGAUUUAUAUCGACUCAUCUGAGAAAAUACCAGACAAUGUACGUCUCCAAUGGGACCCAGACCAUAGUCCAAACGGCAGCAAAAUUAUUGAAAGGCGAGCAGUUCAGCUAGGUUUGCGGGGUGACAUGGUUACAAGAUUUAACGAGGAAUGGGUAAAGAAGAUCGAGGACAUAACCGAUUUUGUUAAAGAACAGCACGACUUUGUUCUAAAUGAUAAAAAAGAUUUGUUAUGUACACCAAGUGAAAGAGUUUACAUUCCGAACAAUGCUGAGAUAUGCAAACAUAUUCUCCUUGAUGGGUUUUCAGAAAGAGGUAAGCCCAGAAACCGAAAAGAAUGUACAGAAACUGUAUCAAUUCUUGAUGGUGCUUGCUGUUUAGAAAUGCUAGAUGACACAUUACAGGUAAUAACAGACAUGAAACAGACUGAAUCUAAGGGUGUAGCGACAUGUAAUGUCAUUCUGUGUCUAGGUGGAGCUUUCAAUCCAGUGCACACACGACAUAUACAAGUUAUGGUGGAAGCUAAAAAAUGGUUAGAAGAAAACACACAUUUCCGUGUAACCGCUGGAUUUCUUGCAGUUGCCCCUGAUGGUUAUGUGAAGAAGAAAUGUGAAAAGACGCUGCAAAUGUGUAUUAGAGGAGAACAUCGUAUAAAAAUGUGCGAAAUUGCGUGUGAGGGAUAUGAUUGGUUAAACCCUUACAAGAAACCAAUCGGGUCGGCUGAAGACUGUGGAAAGACUGUAAAACGAGAAUUAAAACAACCCGAUGUUGACAUAGCUGUGAUAUAUGGGGCGGACAGAGCCAUGAAUAAAUCAGGAAAUGCCAAAUGGCAUAAAAAUAGCUCUCAGAUCAUUGUCUGUAUUGGAAGGAAGGGGGAGACUGAACAAGUAAAAAUGACCUUUGUUGAGGACAAGAAAAUGGACCUUGUGAGAAACGAAAACUUUUUCAUAGUUCCAAACGAGCUUGACGACGUAAGCUCAACUGGCGUUAGGAAAAUGCUUUUUUCAUCUUCAAAUGAUGAUGAUACUGAGAUAGCAAGGAAGAAACGUGUAGAUGAAGUAGUUACCCUAGGGUGGGUCACUGAAAAGCAGGGACAAUAUAUAAUCGACAACUAUUCCAAUUUAUUCAAUAACUAAACAUAUAGCAAUAAUUCACGAGUUACAAAUUAAACUUGUUAUAUAAUUAAUUAUAAAUUUGAUUAUAAUAUAUCUGACAGUCUUUCAAAUAGAAUGGUUUGGAGACGCGCCCUACUCCCUAUCAUGUCUCGUUAUGAUUAUCAUAUGCGUGUUAAUAUCACAGCGCUAUUUCUUUUCAUUUGAAAGACCCAGUAUAAACGUUAAUAUUGCAAACAAGUUAGCAACCGCUAAUAUACGACCGUUUAACAUGUCAAAAUAACUUUGUGAGGAAAAUCGAAAAUUACAUGCACUUUUUAAUGACAGCGCUGAGCGCUUAUGCAGUGUAUAUAAAUUAUAUAAUUUAAUUUCGGCUGCUUUUUUUAAAAAAAAACAUGCAUCCCCUCUGAUAAAAUGGAUAAACAGAGUUAAUAUCUUUAACAACCGGAGCACGCAAUUCAUUUAGAAAAGUCGUCAAAAUGACGUCAUUUUAAGCUUGUGUAAGAUUGGUUUGUUGUAAACGUUAGAAUAUACAGUCUGAUGUGUAAGUUUAAAUUGUUGAUAAAUUUUGGAAGAAUAAAGAACUAUACAAACAAGCUAUUUUCUUG